GAGAAAAGCGGUGAGGGGCAGACAUCAUUUCUCUCCCAGCGUCUUUGGACUGUGUGCACAAAGCCGAAGCGCCAUCAAAUUUUACCAUUUUCCGAAAAGGAAUUUAAUUAUUUGGAAAUUUAACAAUGGCCGAUGCUGCAGUUGACACGACCGCGACCACUGAGGUGACAGCCAAGGAUCUGAAAGAGAAGAAAGAAGUUGAAGCGGAGAAGACGGAGACUGGUGACGCACCUGCCAAUGGCACAAACGGUGCUGACCACAGUGACAAAGUAAAGGAAACUGAGGAGGAGGAACACAAAAAUGGAGAAGGAAAUGGAGAAGAGGCGCCCCCUGCUGAGGAAACCGACGCACAGCCAGUGAAGCGUGCAGCAGAGGAUGAGGAGGAGAAAGAGGAUACAAAAAAACAGAAGACAGAGGAGAAUGGAGACUCUAAAGAGGCUGAGGUUGAGGCCUAGACUUUGUUCAUGUGGCCUUAUUCUACGACUUCUUGGUUUUCUGCAGCGUUCUACCAGCCUGGUCAUCGUCCUAUAGAGCUUGUGCUUUGUCUGAGAGAGAUUUCCUUUUUUAUUUUGUAGUUUUAUUUCACUCCCACGCUCACACAAUGCACUGGAGUCCUGAAAAACAUGUAGUGGCCUAAUCUCCUUUUUUAUGAAAUGUUAUUUAUUGGUCUUUAAAACAAGCUUUCUUUCUUACUUGUGCUAAAACCAGGGCCACAGCCAGAGAGCAGUUGUUUUCUUCUUAGGUUUUCUUAUUAGGAGCACAGUCUCUAUGUUCGCGCUGACCAGAGGAUCCACAUUAAAUACACCGGCAGCUGCCAUCCCCCUUUACGGCUCAUGUUGAUCUUUCAUGUACAGACCAAAGAUAAGUUUUAAGCAGGGGAUAAUAUUCUUAGUUGUUUUUUUGUGUUAAUCUGCUAGUAGAAUCUUGCCUUGUUAACAUAAUAGAUGAAUUAUGGGUCUUGUUGUGUUGACCCAAUACUAGCAGGAUUUCACUUUGUUCAUUAACCCCUCUUAAAUCUUACUGCUUUGGUGAUUUGUUCUGUGUGCAUUCCAUGCGAGUUUGUACCAUUUAUAUUUUGUUUUACUAUGUUUUUUUGUUUCGACGAGUUUAUGUUAUGGCUGUGGAGCCCAGUUCUGUAUCCCAGACUGCCUUUACAAAAAAGAGAAAAAAAACAGAAUGACAUUCGGUUACUUCAGCCACUGCUUUGUAUAUUCUGAAAAAAUAAAUUGUCUUUUUAAGUA